UAAGAAGCAAUAACCAAACAAAGCCAAGCAAAGCAUAGAGAAGAGACUUUGAUCUUAAGCUUUUUGAAAGAGUAAAAAAUGUCUUCAAAUGAGUUACCUUCUUCAGCUCAAGCCAUCCAAGAACAAUUCCUUGACGGUUUUGUCUCUAGAAAGCUGCUUCUGCACGACCCGUUUGACCACAACACUCAACGAGACUUUGCGGUUUCACCAUCUCCUCUCAUUACCCAUGUGAACAAGCUCAGUGGGAAUGUUCUGAUGCUUCUCUCAAUCCUCAUUUGUAGCAUCAUCUGCUGCCUCGGGCUGCAUUACAUCAUUCGUUGUGCAUCCAGACGUUCUUCACGUUUCAUGAUUUCUGAGCCUAUACCUAGUCAUCCAACAACACGGGGUUCAUCAAACAAAGGAAUCAAGAAGAAAGCUCUUAGAAUGUUCCCGGUCGUGAGUUACUCACCUGACAUGAACCUGCCGGGGCUUGAUAAAGAGUGUGUCAUUUGUUUGUCGGAUUUUGUUUCCGGUGAACAGCUCAGGCUGCUCCCCAAGUGCAACCAUGGAUUCCAUGUUCGUUGCAUAGACAAAUGGCUUCAACAGCAUUUGACAUGUCCGAAAUGCAGACACUGUCUGGUCGAGACAUGCCAAAAGAUAUUAGGUGACUUCAGUCAAGCUGAUUCAGUUGCGGCAGAACCAACAGAAAUCGUAAUUGUAAUUAUUGCUCCUCUAGAACCUGAAGGAAGAGUAAUCACUAUUAGAGAAAUCAGCUAGAUGCAAAGAAAGGCAGAAACCAUCAGUAAUUCAGAAUUUGUCCUCCAAUUAGAUAAAAGAUUUGUACUUCUAAUUUUUUUAUGCCUUUCUUGUUUGCCUGUAGCACAAAGUGUAUGCAGAGAGAUUAUGUCUCACUUUUCAGUAGCAUCUCACGAGUCCAUCAAACUUCUCUUUGUAAAAUUAUUUUUACGGUGGAAUGUGAAUUUUGC